CGGGUUCUGUCAAGGCUAGAAGCAGCAUGAUGGUCAGCCGGCGACUGACAGGGGCGCGAGCCCCGGCACCUCUGCUUACGAGUCUUCUAGAGGCUUGGUGCCGCCACGGCCGGACCACCUCCUCCUACUCCGCUUUCUCUGAGCCGUCACGGGUGAGGGCGCUGGUCUAUGGCAACCACGGGGAUCCAGCCAAGGUCAUCCAACUGAAGAAUCUGGAGCUCACUGCUGUGGAAGGAUCUGACGUCCACGUGAGGAUGCUGGCAGCCCCUAUCAAUCCAUCUGACAUAAAUAUGAUCCAAGGAAACUAUGGCCUCCUUCCUAAGCUGCCUGCUGUUGGCGGGAACGAAGGCGUUGGACAAGUGAUAGCAGUGGGCAGUAGUGUGUCUGGAUUGAAGCCAGGAGAUUGGGUGAUCCCAGCAAAUGCUGGUUUGGGAACCUGGCGGACGGAGGCAGUGUUCAGUGAGGAAGCGCUGAUUGGAGUCCCUAAGGACAUCCCUCUCCAGAGUGCUGCCACCCUAGGUGUCAACCCCUGCACAGCCUACAGGAUGUUGCUGGACUUUGAACAGCUACAGCCAGGGGACUCUGUCAUCCAGAAUGCGUCCAACAGUGGAGUGGGGCAAGCAGUCAUUCAGAUCGCCUCAGCCCUUCGCCUAAAGACCAUCAAUGUGGUCCGAGACAGACCCGACAUCAAGAAGCUAAUUGACAGACUGAAGGAUCUAGGCGCUGAUUAUGUCCUCACAGAGGAGGAGCUAAGGAUGCCCGAGACAAAAGCCAUCUUCAAGGACCUGCCGCUGCCCCGACUGGCUCUCAACUGUGUUGGUGGGAAGAGUUCCACAGAGCUGCUCCGGCACCUAGCGCCUGGAGGAACCAUGGUGACCUAUGGGGGAAUGGCCAAGCAGCCUGUAACAGCCUCUGUGAGUCUGCUCAUUUUUAAGGACCUCAAACUUCGGGGCUUUUGGUUGUCCCAGUGGAAGAAGAACCACAGUCCAGAGGAGUUCAAGGAGCUGAUUCUCACUCUCUGCAACCUCAUCCGCCAAGGCCAGCUCACAGCCCCUUCCUGCUCUGAGGUUCCACUGCAGGACUACCAGCAGGCUUUGGAAGCCUCCAUGAAGCCUUUUGUGUCUUCGAAGCAGAUUCUUACCAUGUGAUUACUCCAGAGGACCAGGAGGAAAGCAGGAGAGGCAGACCAGCAAGACUGUCUCUCCAUAAGGACCCCAGGCUUCCCAGACUGCCUCAUCCUCACUUCCUCUUCCUGCCAGGAGGGUGGAAGGCCAGCCCUAGGGUCCCUAAUAAACUCUGAACUUCUGGAGUAGAG